GAGUAGGGGUGUCAUCUCAAGAAAUCCUCAGAAAGUUGACUGUCUAUCUUGGCCGGCCAAAAUUCGGCAAUCGAUCAAGUGAGCUUCUUCACAACUAAAUUGAUUAAAGCAAAUGAAUUGAGUGAGAUUGGCAUUUAGAUGAGACAAAUCCUCGUUGAAAGCAUUUCCUAGAAAUCUCGCAUACACAUCCAGUAAUAAUUUCUAAUGUCUCAAUUUUCAGUCUCAUCCCCAACCUAUCAAAAGGCGCGAACAUCCGGGAAGCAGUUACUGACAUACAUAAAGUGUAAUAAUCCACGAGAAAAAGAUUACCCAAAACAAAGCCUGCUUCGUAAUUAUAAAGCCUUGCUGGACAACAACUGGAACGCCGAGGAAGAAACAUCUAUGGCCAUGGCUGUGAUACAGCCACUAUAUGUGUAUCUCAAUGUUUUGAAUAUUCCCACGGGUGUAGAGUCAUGGGAAGCAUUUGAAAUUGUACAUAAAAAGGAAAACUUCGACCUUGAUGAUCUGAAGGGGCCAAUACCUCAUUAUGCUUUAGCCAUGAACUUCACACACGGCGUAAUAGUAGCAUACAACUCCAUGAGCCCGUACCAAGCUGAGCUCCUCAAAGAUGUCAAAUCUCCUAUCAUCCCUGACCUCAGUAGAUGGUCAGAUAUUGCAUAUCUGCAAUGGGCGGAGGUCUGCAAAUCUCAUGGCACUGAAAUGAGCAAUCUGAAAUACGUCAUCCGACAUCAUGUAACGAAUCAGAUAACAUCACAAGUCAUAAAAGAAGUGUUGGAGAAAAGAGGAGAAUCGCUCACGCCAUCGGGAUGUGUGGUGUCAAUGGGGGAUGGCAAUGGUCAUGGUACUGCAUUAUUGGGCACCCCAAAUGGAAAAGGAGUUGCUUGGCUCCUGGCUCAACAUAAAGAGACCUUCAAAGACAUGACAAUUAUCAGCGUGGAGAUAUUCUCGAGUAAAUCUAGAGACCCAGCUAAUAAGUCUCCGUUGUUCAAUCUCAGUUUUCGAAUUGGCCAAGAAUGAUCUAGACAUUACGUCUCUGUUAUCUGAUUGAAACUGGCUCGAUCAUUCAGAUAUGUGGGAAUAGCGAAGGAGAGAGAGUUUCGACAUGGAAACAAUACAUGUAUGUAGUUUCUAUACCGAGACAUUAGAUAAAAUGCACUGUUUCAUUUACAGAGUCAGAUUUCCAACGGCAGUGAAUUACUCUUUAAAAAGAAAUUCUCGUAUUUAGUCCUCACA